AUGGCGCGCGGGGGCUUCGUGCUGGACGAGCAGGGCGAGGAGGACCUGCUGCGCGAGGCGCUGCAGACCGUGCGCGACCAGGGCUUCCGCAUGCAGCGCGCCGCGGACGCGGGGGACCAGCCGGCGGUGCUCAAGCACGCGGCCGAGGUGCUGCGCGAGCUGCGCACGAGUCUGCUGUCCCCCAAGAACUACUACCAGCUCUACAUGCAGGUGCUGGACGAGCUGCGGCACUUCGAGAGCUACGUGGAGGAGCAGCAGCAGGCCGGCGCCUCCAUGCGCGUGCUGUACGAGCGCGUCCAGAGCAGCGGCAACGUCCUGCCGAGACUGUACUUGUUGGUGACGGUGGGCUCUGUGUACAUCAAGUCGAAGGAGGCGCCAGCUCGAGACGUGCUGACGGACCUCGUGGAGAUGACGAAAGGCGUGCAGUACCCACUGCGCGGGCUGUUCUUGAGGCACUACUUGUCGCUCAGCGUCCGCGAUAAACUACCAGACACAGGCUCUAUCUACGAGCAAUCGGGCGGCGGCACUGUCAGCGACGCCAUCGACUUCUUGCUGCAGAAUUUACGCGAGACGAACCAGCUCUGGAUCCGACUGCAGCACCAGAAAAUUGGGGGCUCGAGGCCGCUGGCGGUGCGGGAGAAGGAAAGGAUGGAGCUGCGGCUGCUUGUGGGCACAAGUCUAGUGCGGCUCAGUCAGAUGGAAGGAGUCACGCGCAGCGUCUACACGGAGCAGGUUCUGCCUCGACUAGUGGACGAUAUCGUGUUGGCCUGCAAGGAUUCCAUGGCGCAGCAGUAUCUGAUGGACUGCAUCAUUCAGGUCUUCCCGGACGAGUUCCAUCUGCAGAAUCUUGAGAGGCUGCUGGACGCCGUGGAAAAGCUUCAGGCGGGUGUCGACGUCGCGUUGGUUCUGACGGCACUUCUUGAACGACUCACGAAAUUUCGGGAAGCACAGGGAAGUGUCACCAAUACAGGGCAACGGGUGGAAGUGAUGAACACAACUACCACGUUACUGCUGCGCUCGUCUCGACAUGUCCCUGGAAGCGGAGAGGCACCCAGUCAAGGUGAUGGUGGAGACGUGCACUUGGGGUCAGUAUUGCCAUUUUUCGUGACGUUUGCGACCUUUACGCUCGCCUGGAUGGGAAGCAGCAAGACAGAAAACCCUGAUGCGACUGCGGCACUGCAGCAAAUAGUCUCCGGGUGUUUGGCGUUCUUACGUGAGCGAACAGCUUGGCGUGUUGACAAAGAUAAGCAAGUUCGACAGCUCGUGGUUUCUCAGCUCGAGUCGCUCGCGCUCACGCUCCUGCGAGCGCUCUCUAUUCAGGACCUAAUGCAAGUGCCAGCACUACGUGAAUUGCUUGCGCUGGUGCCAUGGCAAGGCGCUUGGAAGGAUGUUGCUCUGGCCUGGAUCCGCGUGCUGCUUGCGAGGCACGAGCGUGUUCGCAAUGAGAAGCAAAUGGACUUUUUGCUGCAGGUGCUGGCGCCACUUGUGCGGGACGACCCCAACGAGUUGCCAUCACCAUCUCCAGCGACUGCAGUUGAAGCUGGAAAGAACAAGAGCGCUGAGGUUUUUGAAGCUGAGCAGCAGACGCUGGCCAAAGUCGUGCACCUUGUGUCCAAUGACGAUCUGGACGUAAAGUUUCGCGUAUUCUCGGUGGCACGUCGAGCAUUCCUACAAAGUGGCGUGUUUCGUAUUCGCUUUACGCUUGUGCCGUUAAUCUACCAGUCGCUGGCGCUCGCUAGAGCCCUCGCAGCUCACUCCCAGGAGAAGACGCAAACCGAAGGCCAGGAGACCAAGGCAGACACAAUGACAAGUGAAUCCAGCGGAAGCUCCAACACAUUUGUUACCACACCUCGCGAAGUUCUUCAGUUCGUGCAUGAAAUGGUGACGGCGCUGGCCUCCAAGCAGGACGCGCUGUCCGUAUCGUGCGUCCACUUGUUUCUGCAGUGCGCCCUGGUGGCGGAUGGAUGCGUCUUUGAGGCAGUCGCAUACGAAUUUAUCACACAGGCCUUCAUCGUGUACGAAGACCAAAUCACUCUUGCACGCGAGCAGUGGCGCGCUCUCGAGCUUAUGGUGGCGUCAUUGCGUGCCACCCGGAAUCUUUCGACACCAAACUAUGAGGUGCUCGCCACCAAGACCACGCAGUACGCAGCUCGCCUGCUCAAGAAGAAUGAACAGGCGUUGAUGGUGUUGAACUGUGCGCAUCUCUUUUGGCACCCAUCUCAACAGGAUGGCAAACGUGUCCGGGAGUGCCUUCAGCGAUCGCUUCGUAUUGCGGAUGCGAUUAAGGACACCGCGUCUAACCAGGUGCCGCUCUUCCUGGAUAUAUUAGAAGCGUACUUGUACUUUUAUGAAAUGCAGACCCCCGAGGUGACGCGCAACUACCUGGUGGGGCUGCUGGCUCUAGUCAAGGACCACUUGGACAAUAUGGAGCACGGGCAAAUGCGCCGAGAGGGAGAGUUCCGUUAUCGCGCCAUCGUGCGCUACAUGGAUGUAUUGGACAUCGCGGAUGAUACCGUCUCCACCUCGUCGUCAUCUUCGUCGCGGUAGUGUCCGCCCUGCUCUGCGUACUGUCACUAACGGUGAUCUAAUACUGAAGUUAUGCGUUGAGUGCGCAGAUUGUUUUCUUCUAU